AAUUAAUUUGAAUUUCCCAUAUGACUAAUGUCCACAAACAAAGCAGUAAUUUGCUUAUCAGAGAAGACUAUUUAAACAUCAGGCACUGAUAAACACCUUCUAAAUCCAUAUGGAGUGUGAAAGUCCACCACCAGCAAGAACAGGCUGACACUGAGACGUCCACACGACCAGCUGACCUCAGGUCUUCAGAACUUGAAGCAACCUUUGGAACUUAGGAAUCAGACAAAAUCAUGAAGUCUGGCAUCCAGUCCAGGGUUUGUGGCUCCCUUUCUCAGAAUGCUACUUGGUCAGACUCCAGUUUGCAGCGACCCUGUGAUGGAAUGAAGGAAUUUAAAAAAUGGGUGGAUGGAUGGAUAAACAUGAUAGUCAGCACAUUAAUGAUUCUUGCAGUGAUCAGGUUGCUUGUUCUGCCUGUGCAUGGAUUCCAGGAGUUUAACUAUCAUUAUGUAAAAACAACAAUGGACUGGACAAAUGCACAAAAUUACUGUCGGAGUAACUUCAUUGACUUGGUGACUAUUGCAAAUGAGGAAGAAAAUGAGGAAAUUAUGAAGAUGCUUUCAAAAAAUAAUGUCUCUAAUGAAGAAAUCUGGAUAGGACUAAAAGAUAUAAAUAUGUCCAAUGGAACUUGGAGCAAUGGUGAAACAUUUAACUACCGAAACUGGAAUAAAGGGGAACCAAACAAUAAUGCUGUAGCUUGUGGCACCAUGUACUACAAACAUGUACCGUACAAGCCUGAUGGGUCCUGGAAUGAUUGUGGUUGUAAUAUACACUCAGCCAUUCAUCUGCUACUCAGUAAAAAGGAAGUUCUACGCUGUGAACAUCACCCAGCCUUGGAUCUCAGCUCUUGAAUACUGUAAUUCCAAUUUCACUGGCCUGGCCACCAUCCGAAGCUCAAGAGAAGAAUGGCAUUUGCUUAAGUACCUCAAUGAAAUCAAAUUACAGGAUACAUUGUGGCUUGGGAUGAGGUGCUCCAGGGUCUUUGGAUUCUGGUUCUGGAUAAAUGAUGACCCAGUCACUUACCACAACUGGAUAUACAACUCCUCCACGGUCAUUCAAGAUAAUCAGCACUGUGUCAUUCUGAACAUGAAUCAGACAAAGUGGAUGAAGCAGGACUGUGAAAAAACAGCCAUGUUUGUCUGCUAUAGUGGGGAGUGAAGCAGAUUGUGUGAAUAAUGCUACAUUUUUAGAAGGCAUCAGACCAGUUUUUCAAAUGAAGACAAUUAAUACCUAUGCAAUCUGAUAAAUUUAUCCUCAGGUUUUGUUAUUUUAUUGUAUUAUGGUUAAUUACAAGACUAGGCUUGCUGUAAUAUAUUGAAAAAUACGUUUAUUGUCAUGCUGUCCCUAAACCUUUGUUUCUUUGUUGUUGAAUUAUGUACUCCAAACUAGAGCCAUAUAUAAAACCUUCACCUGGAGGAACCACAGACAGAGUAGCAGCGAAGGCAAACUGUUCUUUUAUAAAUUGUAAUCUAAAAGUAACAUCAUCAGCAGAAGCAUAUGCAAAAGAACUAAAUAACAUAUCCAACCUGGAUUAUUGUAGCUGCAGUAGUUUCAAGAUGAUCUUUCACUCCAGAUUGUGCAAUUCUUUGUUACAGAGUUUUUAUUCUCACUGUUUUCCUAAUUACUGACCAGUUUUUGGUGCUAAUUACCUUCUUUUCCCUUCAUUUUAAUUCAUUUAAAUUUUAAGAUUCAGUCCUCAUUUUUUCCUUAAAUGGCCCCCAAACAGAAAUGGCAUGUGAAGUGAGACAACAGAUGACCAUCUAAGUUGGGUCCUCAAAGUCCAACUAAUUUCUUUAUUAAAAGCCAGUUCUUGUCAUUAAUUAAACCUGUUGUUUAAUUCCAUAGCUUGUUUUUCCUCUCAUUUCCAAAACUGUUGAUUUUCUUUUUUCUAAGAAUACCCAAUGUUUUGUAGACCUGAGCACAUCAACAUUACUGGGACUUUCACCUUCCUUUGUUGGAUACUGGUUAGCUGGUCAUGUUUUGGCUCAUCUUGUAUCUCAUUAUAACUUGGUUGCUAAUUAAGAAAAAAAGGGUCUAAGUCUUAAGUAGCAAGUCAAUUCAAAUUAAUGUAUUGAUGAUGUAUUAUUUGCCCAUUAAAGUCAGCUGGAGAACAGAGGCAUGCUCCAGAAAGUGUGAUUAGAUAAUCCUGGAAUUCAGAAUGAAUUGCUUUAAUGCAAUUUCACACUAGCAGGUUAGCCAGAUCCAGAGCACAGGAUUUCACAAUCCUAGAUUGAUUGAUAUGCGCACAUUACAGAAAAAUUUACAAAUCCUUAUGAGUUGAUCACUGAACAGUUGAUCAACCAUGGACUAGGAGUCUAAGAAACAGAAGGAACAGCCUUCAUGAGAGCAGAGCAAGAAAUGUUGGUGGCAGUGUGUGAAGAAUAAUCAGCAUAUUGGACAAAAGACGGGCAACACAGUGAGUAAAGAAAGGGUGAUGGCAUGGAGGACUAUCACAAAUGAACGUUUAAAACAGUUAAUCAGUAAAAUCUGCCUAUACUUUGUGUGAUAAACGGUUAUGGGUCCUCCCACAGCCCACAUAUGACUUUUUACAUUGCAUUGUGUGACACCUACUGAAGGUCACCAAAUGUGCUCCUAUGGCUCCAUCUCGAUUAGGUUAGACAGCAUUUUCUUUUGUUUUCCUGAUCCGAGUAUAACACCCAGAAGCCUUUUAUUGCUCACCCUAAA